AAAAGCUGAUCCAUGGAUCUGGAGUGCUCCGAUCACCAACUAAACGAUCGAUGAUGUAGUGUGCCCCUAGAUGCAAUUCCGCGGCCAGAAGUGUUGAUGGGAGACAGCUGGACGUUUAUUAGCUAGGGUUCGCGCUCCCUGCUCAACUCCGAUCACACAUUUCCUCCUACUAUCCUGCCUCUGAGCUUUCCAGAAAACCUGGCGAUCUCGAUCAAUCCGUCCAAACGCGAGAAAGCACAAUCAGAUCACAUAAUGCCAGAAAACAAAGACCAAACCAACACCGCGACCGGAAAUGCCCCUGGCGGUCGUGGUCUCGGCGAUAUUGGCGACGUGGGCAGCUCUCUAGGGGGUCUCACGAAGGGAGUCCCGGUAGGCAAAGAUGGCAACAAGCUGAAGGAUGUCGAUGAGGGCUUUGGGCUCGACAACAAGGACGUCAAGGGCAGUCUGAAGGUCCACAUCAAGUUGGAUCUGGAGGCCGAUAUCCGAAUCAUCGCGCGUAUCAAGGGCGACAUCGCAAUCGGUCUGUUGUAAGGCUUCACAAGUCACUGGCAGUACACGAACGACAAAAUGACUUGCCUAGCCCACCCCCAGGGAAACCAGACGGUAGCGAGGCUGGGGAAUAGUUGCUGUAAAAGAUGCCUUAGGUAUCAGGUUGAUCCAACACCAUAAUUCAUGCCUUUACGAAAGCCAGUCCUCGUGUUCUCGUUUGCUUUUUGUUUCUAGUCUUUCCACUUUUGCCUCUUGCUU